CCAAGCAAGGACAGGAAUAAUGAAGAGACCCUUGUGUUAGUUGCAGCCUCUUGAACCACUCAACAAGGACAUCAACAGUGUGGACAGGUCGGAACCGUUGCCAUGCUUGCCAGUCAGAGCAAAUGAGGAAUGGGAUUGUGAUUAUGCUGACAUUCCAGCAUGAAUCUGGUAGACCUGUGGUUGACCCGUUCCCUCUCCAUGUGUCUCCUCCUACAAAGUUUUGUUCUUAUGAUACUGUGCUUUCAUUCUGCCAGUAUGUGUCCCAAGGGCUGUCUUUGUUCUUCCUCUGGGGGUUUAAAUGUCACCUGUAGCAAUGCAAAUCUCAAGGAAAUACCUAGAGAUCUUCCUCCCGAAACAGUUUUAUUGUAUCUGGACUCCAAUCAGAUCACUUCUAUCCCCAAUGAGAUUUUUAAGGACCUUCAUCAACUAAGAGUUCUCAACUUGUCCAAAAAUGGCAUUGAGUUUAUCGAUGAGCAUGCCUUCAAAGGAGUAGCGGAAACCUUGCAGACUCUGGACUUGUCCGACAACCGGAUUCAAAGUGUGCACAAAAAUGCCUUCAAUAACCUGAAGGCCAGGGCCAGAAUUGCCAACAACCCCUGGCACUGCGACUGUACUCUACAGCAAGUUCUGAGGAGCAUGGCGUCCAACCAUGAGACAGCACACAACGUGAUCUGUAAGACUUCUGUGUUGGACGAACACGCUGGGAGACCCUUCCUCAAUGCUGCCAAUGAUGCUGACCUUUGUAACCUCCCCAAAAAAACCACCGAUUAUGCCAUGCUUGUCACCAUGUUUGGCUGGUUCACCAUGGUGAUCUCCUAUGUGGUGUAUUACGUGAGGCAAAAUCAGGAGGAUGCCCGGAGACAUCUCGAAUACUUGAAAUCCCUGCCAAGCAGGCAAAAGAAAGCAGAUGAGCCCGAUGACAUCAGCACUGUGGUAUAGCAUCCGAACUGACUGGCAUUGAGAAAGAAAUGUGUUGCAUUUGAAGUAGAAUAAGUGGUUUACUUCCCCCUUCCAUUGUUAACAUUUAAAACUUUGUAUCUCAAGUUUCUUUUGAAUUAUGCCACUGUUGAACUUUUAACAACCAUGACAACAUAACAAAUAAUUUUAGUUUAGGUGACCCACCCCUUAACUGUACCCCCCAUGGUAUAUUCCUGAAUAAGCUACUAUCUGAACAUUAGUUUAGAUCCAUCUUACUAUUUAAUAAUGAAAUUUAUUUUUUUAAUUUAAAACCAAAUAAAAGCUUAACUUUGAACCAUG